UUCACUCUGAGCCACUCGGAGCAUCUGACAUCGUGCAAAAUACCAUCGAAGAAGUCUCCUGGAGGCAUGGCGAGUAGACCGGAAGUAAACAGACACCCGAAUGAUGUUACGAAUCCUUGCGUGAGGUAGCAAGAAGCCUGUUCGAAAUGUUUUACUGUAAAUAAAUCCAUCGUCAUUUUUGAAACGUUGCAAAAUCUACAGAGACUCUACUUUAUCCAGACCUACUCGAAAGUGAAUGAUAAUAACUAGGUUACAUACCUAACCAGCUAGCUACAAUGGCUAAUGUCGUUAACCAGAAUUUCAAUUCACAGCUUCGUUCCGUUGUCGACAAAUUGGCGAUCACGGCUGUGAAAGAAAUCUCAAAACUUGUAGGUGAUGGAUUUGCGAUACUGCAUGUGGAAAUUUCACGAAGCCACAAAGAAAACGAAGCACUAAAAUGCAAAAUACAGACGAUGGAGCUUCAGAUGGCGCGAGGAUGUGUGGAGGAGUCGGGAACGCGAGAACAGUUCGCCAAGUGUCGUUGUGAACAAAAUCCAGUUAAAACCACAAAUGGCGUCUUUGCGGAACAUAUGGACGUGCCAAAGAUGGACGCAGAACACCCGUCUCGGCACGAUGGCACUCCCACACCAUCUACUGACAUGAGGACAGAGUGUGCACACAUGCAGGAGGGAAGGACUGAAUGGGUUCUUAUAAAGGAGGAGAGAGUGGAAGAGGACAGAGACCCACAGGGAGAGAUGAACUCCAGGGAGGAGAGAGCCGUGGAGUGGAGGGCAGGCAGCAGGGGAAAGCGUCCCGUUCAGGAAACGCAGAAUAAAGCAGCGAAUCACACAGAGGAGCUCACUGAGCAGCACAGGACCGGACGCGGUGUUUGGGAGGUCAGUGGACUGGAAUCUGCACUUAAAACAGAGCCAGAGACAGAGAGUGCCAAGACCCUUCAGCACACAGGAUGUGAGCAGAGCACAGGAAGACUCCACAGUUCAUGUCCUGAGUACUUAACAUGUGAGAGAACUAGUCAACUGAGGACUUUCUGUACACAGGGGGCUGGAGAAACAGAGGCUGAUGUUCCCUCCUGCUCUUAUGCUACAGAAAGCAGCUCUGAGAGCCUGUCCAUUCACUCAGGGCUGCAGUCACUUCCUCCCCCAGGGAAAGGUGCUGGCAGUAAUCUGUCAUUGGGGCCUCUUGAUGUGAAACCAGAGGCUGUAAUGAUAGACUCACCGUCUGAAGAACAGGCUGAGAUGCACUCUGCAUGGAAUGAAGAGACCAUUUCAGAAAAUACUCCAGGACAACAGGAACAUUACAGGCAGGAGAGACCGUUUAACUGCCAACAGUGUGGAAAGAGCUUUGUUCAUUUAUCUCAUUUUACUGUUCACAAGAGAGUCCACACAGGAGAGAAACCAUACAGGUGCACAAUGUGUCCACAGACAUUUUCACAUUCAGGUAGUCUUAAUAGACAUUACAGAGUUCACACAGGAGAACGGCCAUUUAGAUGCACAUAUUGUGGUAAGUGUUUUUCCGAGUCAGGUAAUCUUAGAAACCAUCAAAGGCUUCACAGUGGAGAGAGACCAUUUAGAUGCACAUAUUGUGGUAAGUGUUUUUCUGAGUCGGGUAAUCUUAGAAAACAUCACAGGGUUCACAGUGGUGAGAGACCCUUCAGACGUACAUCUCAUAUGAAGUCUACUUCAAUACAGACAUUUUAAAAGCACCAGCAGAGAGACCAUGCGCCUGUGCUCCAUGCCAGACAAGUUUCUUUAGCAAGGACAAAUCAAGUGAGUGAGUAAUCGGCAGUGUCUUUUUAUUCAUUACACACAUGUAUACCAGGGUUUUUAUAAUUCUCUGUUGGUCAAUAUCGGAAAUGUAAUUUAAAAGUUUUGGUUCCCAAUCCCCAUUCUCCAACGAACACUCAGGACAAGUGUUUCCCUGCUGAGACAGCUGUUAACUGGUUGACCAGUUAGACCAGCUUAAGCUAUUAGCUGGUAUUUCAAGCUGGCCAUCGCUGGAUAAAAAAAAAAAAAAAAAUUUAAACACACACCAGGCUUCUCAUUGCAGUUUAACCAAGUCGGUCAAAACAUAUUUAAUGUGCCCCUUUACUGUGUGUGUGUGUGUGUGUGUGUGUGUGUGUGUGUGUGUGUGUGUGUGUGUGUUUGUGUGAUUUAAAAAUAUAAUUUUCACAAAUAUAAACAAACUUGAUGCACAUUCUCAUGGUCUGCCUUUAUUUAACUUUUUUAACAGAUCUUAAACUAUAAUAGUGUCAGUCUUUGUCCCUAGUUUAAGUCAUUAUAAAUAUUGAGAGAAAUGUCUAUCAGCUGUUGUGAAUUUCACAGGUUUCACAGGAAAAUUCCAGUAUGUGUUGCUUUCUGUCGGUUUCCACAACGGCAGAAUGUUGGUUUUCCCAAAUAUCUCUUCUGCUACCCGAAAUGGGUACAAUCGGCAUACAUACAAAUUUCUAAUUUCGUAAGGAGCAUUUAGGGGUUACGUGUCUUGUUCAGGACACUUCGACACACCCAAGGCGGGAUCGAACCGACAACCUUCCGACUGCCAGAUGACUGCUC